AAGAUCUUUGCUAAGGGAGGCGGUGGGGGGAACACGCUUCAUCUGUGAACGGAGCGCAGCGAAGGCGCAGGGCUAACCUGACGUUGGGAGGGAGCUUUCAUCAGCUCUCUCCAACUUCUCUCUCUCUCUGCAAACUUGCAGCCUGGCUCGCUUCAGGAAGGGAGUCCACCUCUUCCUCCUCACCUAAACUGCGGUCUUCAAAGAGGGGCAUCGCGUUCUUGCGGCUGUGCAGUUCCAGAAAGGUACAACUACAAGCUUGGAGCAUCACUAAACUACAAGCAACACUCUCUUAUUUGUCCCAGGGCUCAGGUCUGCCCUCUCUCAUCAGAUCCAUGAUGGUGCUGUUCCCUGUCCUCGCUGCAUUGAUGCUCGCUACAGUUCAUGCACAGGAAGGAGACGAAACCAUCACAUACACGCAAUGCACAGAUGGUUACGAAUGGGAUCCCGUCGUACAGCGAUGCAAAGAUAUCGACGAGUGUGAAAUUGUGCACGAUGCAUGCAAAGGUGGGAUGAAAUGUGUGAACCACUUCGGAGGAUACCUCUGCCUGCCCAGAACGGCUCAGAUUAUUGUCAACAACGGUCAAGAGCAACCUGCGCCUGAACCCGCGCCUGCACCUAAUGGCCGAAACGGCAAUGCCAUAGCUCGGAGGACUGUCCCAGGGAUACAGUGUGCGGCCGGGUUUGAAGCCAGCGAUCACAAUGUGUGCCAAGAUAUUGACGAAUGUGCGACAGGCGCCCACAACUGUAGGGUAGAUCAGAUAUGCGUCAACUUGAGAGGAUCGUUCAGCUGCCAGUGCACAGCCGGGUAUCAGAAGAGAGGGGACCAAUGUGUCGACGUAGAUGAAUGCACACGCCUUGCGUUUUGCCAUCAUCGGUGCGUGAAUACUCCAGGUAGCUACUACUGCCAAUGCAACGCUGGUUUUCAGUUAGCAGCCGACAACCACACAUGCGCAGACAUAAAUGAAUGUGAGACCAGCAACCCAUGUGCACAGCUGUGCUACAACAUUGUCGGAUCCUUCCUGUGCCAGUGCAAUCAGGGCUUCGACUUAAGCCCGGACAGAAUCAAUUGCGAUGAUGUUGACGAAUGCAGAACUUCAAACUUCAUAUGCCUGUAUCAAUGUGUCAAUGAACCAGGGAGGUACUCUUGCCUGUGUCCAGAUGGAUACCAGUUAGUCCGAGGCAGAAACUGUCAAGAUAUCAAUGAAUGUGAAGUGGGCCACGAAUGCCGGGAGGACGAAAUGUGCUGGAACUAUCACGGUGGAUACCGUUGUUACCCAAGGAACCCUUGCCAAGAGCCUUACGUGCUGUCAUCUGAAAACCGCUGCGUUUGCCCGGUGUCCAACCCCCUUUGCCGAGACCUUCCAUACUCCAUUGUGCACAAAUACAUGAGCAUUCGCUCAGAAAGAAGCACUCCGUCCGAUAUCUUCCAAAUCCAGGCAACCACAAUUUAUCCCAAUACAAUUAACACGUUCCGGAUCAAAUCUGGAAAUGAGAAUGGAGACUUCAUCCUGAGACAAACAAGCUCUGUGAGCGCAAUGCUUGUGUUGGUGAAACCGUUAACGGGACCUCGAGAACAUAUCAUUGACCUGGAGCUGCUGACCGUCAACAGUAUGAACUAUCGGUCGAGUUCUGUGCUGAGGUUAACGCUAAUUGUAGGACCUUACUCCUUUUAGCCUCUGCAGCUAAGCCACUCGCAAGCACCCGCAGCUGCCAAAGAAAUAUUCCCUUAAAUGAAGCACUUACGACUUUAUUUAUAGAAUUUACGGGGUGUGUUUGUUUUGGUUUUUUUAAGGGGAGGGGAAAAUCCCUUUAUUAAGGAAAUUAGUACUUGUAACCACGCUGUUAUGCUUAUAAUUCAAGAGUAGGAUAUGUGUUUCAGCAAUAUAACCUGGGCAUUGCCACCUUCUGUAUAAAGAUGGCAUUCCUCCCCACCCGAUUCCUCGCGCACGCGAGCCACACACCGACUGCACAGCAGCGCUGUUCCCACUGAGAAGAGUGGGAUCGCACCCACUGGCUCUGCCCCAGACCCCAUGUGUUCGAUGGAAGUGGUGGAAGAGCGCUGUGCACAUGGAAACCGCACGUGCAUUGGCUCUGGGCACACACCACGGGGGACCCCAAUCACAGGGGCUUUCCAAUCGCAUGCAGGAGUUUGCAUGCAUAAGUGAGCUCCACUCACACCUUCCACUGAAUACACAGAGGUUGGGGAGGCAGAAGGACAGGGCCAGAGAGCGAAAUCUCCCCCCCCCCUCCCCCAAUGCGUUCAGUCAUCACUGUUUGGAAAUGAGAAUAGGGCUAUAAUCGUUGCGUUUCUCAUUUUCUUUCUAGAAUAGCAGGAGAUCACCUUCAAAUACAGGCUUUUUUUAUCCACACACACACAAACCCCCCCAAAAGUAAAAAAAAUAGUUUUGACUGAGAGCUAACACUUUUCUAUUAUGAGAUCCUUGGUUGGAUAGUAUUUCACCUAUUCCCACUUAUUUUUUUUUAAUGGGAAAAUGAGCCCAGCGCAGAUGAUGUUCUUCUGCCUGAAAGGGCUGCCCUGCUUACUUCAAUGGAAGAAGUCCAAUGGCAAGUGCGUUCAUCUGUAGACGUGGGUGAAAUAGUACUGCUUGUGUACCCAAGAGCUUCGUGUGCACAUUGAAGCACACCCACCCAGAGAGGGCCACUUUUAACGUCCCAGUGACAUUUAAAAUCAGCGGGACUUGGAUGCACUUUGUACUGGAUGGAAAGUGUCCCUGGAUUCAAAAGCCUGGUGAUCAUAGAAUCUAUGCGGGAGGGAAUCUUUUACAGACUGAGGGCCACAUCCCCUCGUCGGAUGCCUCCCAGGGGCCACAUGGCAGUGGUGGGUGGGGCCAGCUGCAAAAGUGGGUGUGCCCAGAGGGGAAGGCGGGCAAAGCAACAGAUGUGACUCCUGCCUUUGUACAGCAGACAACUUUUCAGCCAUGCAGAGGUCCGUGUUUUCGACACAGAAACUCAUUCAUAUGGCUGGCCAUCCUCCACUGAGGCAUCAUUGCAGUUCAAGCGUGCAUUUCAGCAAGGCAAAAGCACUUGGGCAGGGGGUGGGACAGGACCAUUAAGAGGUGUGACCUGAGAAGGGUGUGUGGCCUAGGCAGAGUCCCAAGGGCCUGAUACAGGGGAACGGAAGGCGACAUUUGGCAUUCAGAGUGGAGGUUCCCCCUCCUGUCACAGGUGGUGUUGUGUAUUCAGUGGUCUGUGUUUGCCUGAGGUGAGUCUGGACUAAGGAUUCUUAGCCCCUGUGUUCUGAUUCGAUACAUGAUAUCCAGUCACAGAACAUUUCAGGAUUUGGGGCUCUUGCCAUUGGCCCUUAAACUCCGAGUUAUGAUUUGCAGCUUGGAAGUUUAGAUAGCCAAUCACAUUGGGAGUGGGAGUGGCCCAGGCCUUCAGAAAUGUAUAUAAGCAGUUGCUUUGCCCCUGUUGUCCAGUUUUGUAGUUCAAUAAAGGUUCUUGCUGUUAUCACUGUGUCUUGCCUCGUGGGAACCCACCUACACUUCAGGUGGUUUAUUUGUACAUCCCAUUGUCCACAAACCCACGUUGUGCUCAGAGCGUUUCAAUCAGAACAGGCCGUUCAAAUGAUCAACUCCCACCCAGAAACCUCUGUCCCCACUGCGGAAGGACAUGUGGAUCUAGAACUGGCCUCCACAGUCACCUAUGGACACACCAUUAAGACCAUCUAACACCAUUAAAAGAUCUAACAGUAAGAUAGCUCGCCCACAUUAAACGAUGUGGAUAGAGGUUAUAAAAAA